GUGGAGUGGAAUCAGGACCAGCCGUGGGUCGGGGGAGUGGCAUCCUGCUGGUUAGACUCACCACUGAUUGAUUGGCGUGGGAAAAGAGCGAGAGAGACGCUGAGACUAGACUGUAGGUGGGCCGUCAGGCGCGCAUCGUCUUGUCCGCUUCCUUUGGCCCGUAUUCAUCCAUUCAAAUCUGGGUUUUGCUCGUCCAGACUUGUGUCUGGCAAAGUGGAGACUGCAAGGAACAGAGGGAGAGAUGUAUGCUCUGAAGGCGAGGGAUAAGUACUACAAGAGGGAGAAGGAGAGGGAGGAGGAGAAGAGGGAGGGGAGGAAGGCAAGGAGCGUGGAGCAACAUGCACACCAUCACAGCUCUGGGGCUAAUGGGGGAGGCGGAGAAAGAGGGAGAAGAAAGGAGCCGUCCACAUUCCAGAAAGAUGCCAAAGUAAAGUGGUUAUAGUGCAAUUGACACCACUACGAACAUCAAUGACUCAAUAGAUAACAUGACUCUAAACUGGGCAGAACAUAGAAUAAUAUGUUAGGUUCCGUCAAUAUUUUGAACACUCAAUCAGUUUAACUUGUGCGUGACCUCAGUGUUACAUGUGCGUGACCUCAGUGUAACAUGUGUGUAAUUGGUCACUGUUCCUGCACCUGAAGUAAAUUCAUGAGAACUACUGUUUAAGUGUCUUUACAACUAACGUAACUGUGUCAGCUACAUCACAUGUGGUGUGUUAGCCACUGCACCAUUUCCCCUGUUCCCAGUACAUGGGUACCUUCAGUCUCCAGAUGGGGUCCGGGUGGAAGAAAAACAUGACCAAACCGGUCAAACAACAGCUCUCCAGAAUCAACCCCAAGGACACGACUCAUGCAGUGGAUGUGACAGUGUCAGUGAAUAUGGAUGGAGUCAAAGUCAUCUCUACUGAUGGAAGACUGGUGAUGGCACAUGCUCUCCAUAGGAUUCUGCUGAGCUCAGCAGAAACUAGGAAGAGCCUGUUUGCGAUGGUGGCCAGAAAUCCUCAGACAGACCCAAAAGACGGAGUCUACUGCCACAUCUUUCUUCUCCGCACCAAAGAAGAGGCCAGUAUACAGUGGAAGCCUUACUGAAACAAGAACACCUCUACCUCUGUAGUAAUAUCUGAGAGUGUUCUUAGGUCUUCCAAACCAUUCUUUCUCAUGAGCUAACCCUUACUUAAUCUCUACUCAAUGGAGAUAUGGUGGCAAGCCUCUCUAGAUCUCUUUCUGCUCCACAAUUCUCUCACUGCCCCUGUCUUUCUGUUGCCACAGGCCAAUGAACUGAGUCAGUUGGUGGGUAAGGCCUUCAAGACUGCCUUUGCCUGCAAUUCCUUCAAGAGAGACAGCAAGAAACAGAGCUCCAUCCUCGAUUCCAUGCCACCUCAUCUUCCCAGCGCUGCUCCCAGACCCUGGACUGUGACAACGCCCCCUCAGUCUGGCCACUCCCCUCAGACCACACCUCCUGGCCACACCCAUCAGCUGGAGCCUAUUUCCCGGCCUCCUCCUGCAGUCAAUCCAGCAGCUGUCACUCCAGGAGUCUCCAGUGCCCAGGAAGAGAGUGUCCAGUUGGAGAUGGACCUGCUCUCCCUCCACUCACAGCUCUAUCAGCUGGAGACCAGGCAGUCACACCUCACCUCCUCCCCUGACAACACCGAUGAGGGGACUCUCCUGCAAUUAGUCAUGGAGAUUUCCUCACUUCAACAGCAGAUUGAGGAGAAAGGGAAGAGACUGCAUUCUCUGCAACAGCAGCCAUCUGGUUCCCAUAGUGAUACUGUUGCCGAGGCAACAGGUGGUGGUUACCAGGACGAUGCCAUGGCAAUGCUCCCUGAUUUUGAUAGUCUGUCACUGGAUGAUGCAGACUGGUUCCAAGCCGGUCUUCCUAGGGAGAUAGUGGUGGAACUGCUGAGUCAGCAGCCAGAGGGAGCGUUCUUUGUUCGAGAGAGUGCCAGCUCCCUGGGCAGCUAUGCUCUGUCGAUGGUGGCUCCAGACAGCGGAGUGAGACAUUUCCUUAUUGAGGAGAGAGACGGCCACUUCUCACUGUCCCUCACUGGCUCUCCGCAGCCGUCAUUCCCCUCCCUGCCAUCUCUCAUACUCCAUCACACUGUGGAGGCUGGCCCCCUCCCCUGUCCCCUCUCCCUAGCCACCACCAACCCUGUCUUCUCCGCUAACGAGGACCCCUCUGCUGGACUGGGUUCAGAGUUCACCGACCAUCACAACUAUCACUUACUGAACUGACACUCUCUACAAUCAUUAUAUCAUCGUGAUUAACAAUUACAUCAUCUCUAACCUAUUUAUAGAGUGCAAUGAGUGUCAUCAUCCCUAACCUUCUAUUUAUAGUGUGUGAUGAAACAUUAACAACU